AUGAAGUUGUUGGCUGUUCUUUUUGCCGUUUUGGCCGUUGUCCUGAUGACUGCCGCUCCAGUUUUUGGUAAUGUCCCACAGUGCGAACCCACCGCCGACGCCGCCCAAGGAGGUAGCUAUCCAAUCACGGAGCUGAUGCGAAACGGCAAACCUGUUCAUUACAACAUUGGAAGAAGAGGUUAACUGAUCAUGAAAAGAAUACAAUUGACAUCAAGUGGUAAUAAAGCAGCGCAUUUUAGAAAAGAUUUGUU